UAAGUUGUUUGAUAAUUCUGCUGCUGGCAAACUAAAAUGAUUGUCUGUUUUCUUUUCAGACUGGAUCAUUCCUUAGGGAAGCCUGGCCUUUUUCUUCCAGAAAAAGGGGUAGACAAAGGAUACUAUACUGUAGGAGCCAGACUGAUCCGGUUAGAGGAUAAGAUUGUCAAUCGAAUUUAUUCUUUUGAUGGACUUUGCAGAAGAUAUACAAUAACAAUUCAUGGCUAUUUCUGUCCUGUUAUCUACUGCUGUUGCUAUUAUUAUUAAUAAUAAUAGUAAUAAUAUGUAUUAAUUUAUUAGUAUUUUGUAAUCCAUUUUCUGCCAACAUAUGUGUCAGUAAUUUAUAUGUUGUCAUAUGCAUGCACAGUGCUUUAUGGAAAUAGAAGAAGAUUUAGUUUCUCUCCCAAAGUGCUGACAAUGUGUUUAAAAUAUUGUAAGUAAACAAAUAAAGAGAAUGUUGCCAGCUGGAUAAGUAAAGUGAGAGAUGUAUCAGACAGGGUUUCUAUAUUAUAAUUCUGCAUUUCAACUUUUCUUUGAAGACGACUUAUGGCAGUUUUUCACCAAGGUGUAUUCUUACUCAAAAUCUGCAAGUAAGAGAGGCAUCCUUCCAAUUUCUGCCUCAAAACUAGAGUACAGCUUUAUAAACAUUGAGAAGAAUCCACAGCAUGAUUUAUAAUUUGUCAUGUUUCGUAGCGUGUGUGUGUGUGGUGUUAGGAAGAAUGGUGAAUAUACAAAUUACAUGUGCCAUAUUAAAAAGUCGUCGUACAUUCAUAUCACACCUGUUUAAAAGAGUUAUCUGGAGUGCUCAACAUUAGAUAGUCUCCACUUUGCUAUCAAGAUUUAAUUAGUAAAAUUUAAAGUGCUUGCUUCCUUCCCUUCUAUUUCUUAUGAUGAGAUAUAUUUAUGUAUGUGCAUGCAGUGUAUUUAAAGUAUAUUUCUACUAGGUCACAAAUGUAAGCAUACAUUAUUAACUAGUUCUAAGGGGAGUUGUGUCUAUACCUCAAGGGGAUAAUAUAAUCCUCUAAGUGCUCACAGAACUGACAUCCUUAGCCAGCACAUUGCUGUUCUGGCCACUGUACAGAUCAGUUUCUUUUGUUCCCUUUUUUUUUUAAUGCCCAGGGUUUGUUUACACUCAGCUAUUAUACUUGGACCCAUGGAUGCAGUGGCUGCAGAGAGGCUGCUGUUUUUAAGUGGCUGGCCAAGACAUUUCCUGGAACAUAAUCAUCUUUAUCUCAAAUUCUCAAUAAUCAGAGAAGUUUGCACUCAGGUCACAAAAAGGUUGUUUGUUUUUAAUAGCAUUCCUGCAUAUGUUUCAAGGUGCCACCUGUAAAAGGCAUUAGAGCUUGACUCUAGAGGCAUAGGGAUGGCAUGAGGAACAACUUCUUUCCAGUUCCUGAGUAGGCAUAUCUUUUUUGUAAUAGAUUCUCUCUAUCAUCCACUUACUGUAUUUAACCCAUUGCUAUUUGUGCUCCCUCUAUCCCAGGUUCUCUUGAUGAAUUAUGGUGAAUUAAUGGCAGGUGAAAUUGUAACUGACAAUCUAUUUCACUGUAUGUUAUCUGUAUAGUAAAGCUGCCUUUACACUUUCCUGUGAAGAUGCAAAGAGGCACUGGAUAGAUACAGUAUAUUUUAGGAUAAAAUAAGAUUUGAGUGA